AUGAGUGAAACUAGUUCGAUUACAUAUUCUGAUUAAGAAAUUGAAUAAUCCUUAAAGGAUUUAUUGGAGAGAAUUUUAAUUUAAUUGGAAAAAUAUAUAGAAACAAAAAAUGAUUUAAAUGAAAUAGAAAAGGAAUUGAAAGAUUAUGAGAAUCUAAAAUAAUUAGUCAAUAUAAUUAAAGUUGUUUUCACAAAUCUUAUCAUAAAAAUAGAUAAAAAAGUCUAGUAUGUAUUUUUUAUCAUUAAAGAAAGUUAGAAAAAGAUGUAGAUCCAAAUGUCUCUAUAAGAAGUAUAAGAUGUGAGGAAGAAUACGAAAAAUUGGAAUAAACAGUAAUUAAAUAUGAGGGUGAAAUCAGAAAUCAUAUUAGAGUAGAUAUAUAAUCUUAUUUUCAAAAUAGCUUGAAUAGCAAUUAAAAUUAUAUGCAGAAUCAAUCCAAAAUAAAUUAGAUGAAAGUGAAGCUACAAGAAAUGAGCUUCUAGAAACAACCAAAAAAGUAAUGAAUGUAAACAUGUGUCAAUAUUGUCCAUUAGAAUUUAAAGAGGGAAAAUUAAAAAUAUUUUGAGGAAAAUACUAAAUUACAAUCUGAUAUCACAUAAUAUAAGCAAAGAAUUUAAGAAUAUGAAAAUGAAUAAUAGAAAAAGACUAUAGAAUGUGAUUAUGAAAUUUAGUAAGCAAAUAAGAAUAGUUAAUAAAUUAAAACAUCUGUUUAAAGAAAGCCUAAUAGUAAACAAACCAAUAAAACUAGUUCCUAUUCAGAACAUAAAUUAAGUAGUUAAUUUUAAGAAAGCACUGAUUAUCCAACUUAAUCUUAAGGAUCUUUGAAAUAAAAUUACUUUAAUAUCCUUCAAUAUGGAUAAAAUAAUUAAUAAUAAUAAUUGUAAUAGUAAAUUUAAUAACAAUAAGAAUAUUAAAAAUAAUUUCAUGGUAAACAUAAUUCAAUUUCUUCAAUUAAUGACACUAUUCAGUAAUAAAUAAUUAUUAAGGAUAAAAAAGGAAACUUAAUUAGUUAUAAUGCAUCUAAAAAGAAUUCUUAAAAUUCUUAAUUCCAUUAAAACAAUAUUUAAUGUAUUAAAUACUUUUAUUAAUAUAGAAACAAUAUUAACACAACCUAGAAGCAGGAGUGGAAGUGCACGUCGUAAUUUAAAUUAAAAAUAAAAAACCUCUAUCCAUCAAUGA